AUGAGCACUCUCAGGCCGUUGCGCGGUGGCUGCCAAUGCGGCCGCAACCGUUACAUAAUCGCUGUUCCCCAGAAUGGCAUCAAUGAGGCACAGGUUCUCUUCAACACAGAGUCUGCACAUCAGAUACCUCUUGCAACUCCACUGGCCGCCUACAUCCGAGUUCCGCUUUCAUGGUAUCAUAGUACCACCUACUCUUUCUUCCCGGACGAGACACACGCCUUGAUUCGACGAGUUUAUACACACCCUAGCCAACAAUACUCAAAACGUCACUUCUGCGGCUACUGUGGCACACCACUGUCCUACUGGUCCGAAAACCCGCAUACCGAGGCCGAAUUUAUCAACCUGACGCUCGGAAGCUUGCUGAGGGAGGACCUGCGAGAUCUGGAAGACAUGGGACUGAUUCCAGAAGAGGAAGAUGGCAAAGCCUCGGCAGGCCAGUCACCAGCAGUGGUUGGUAGGAACACUGCAUUGCGCCAGUCGUAUGGAGUUCCGUGGUUUGAUGGCAUGGUCGAAGGAACGCGCCUAGGUAACAUGCGCCGCAGUCAAGGUGUCAAACAAUCUCAUGAUGGCCAGGUCAAGGUCGAGUGGGAGAUUGUCGAAUAUUCCAAUGGCGACGAGUUGACGGUCCCGACGGAAGAAGAUAACGAUGUGGAGAUGUCGAACCCUGGAAAGCGAAAGCUACAGGAUAGGGACGAUUUGGAGGCAGGUGCUGUUGGGAACUAG